AUGAACACUGCUCGUCGCCUGAUAUUAUCUGUGUUGUUGUCCCUUGUUCUACUUACAUUGGGGUUUGAUGUUAGUGAAAACAUAUGUUCCACAUUGACAACUGGAAUUCAAUACAGAUCAUUCUCCCUUCAAGACACAUUCCCUGAAGCUUUUUCUGGUUGUUCCUGGACCAUUGAAAACCCAGAUCCAACAAAGUAUACAAUUUACGUAAAAUUUCACAAGGAGAAACAAAUUUGCUACCAUAUCUCUCUGAUGGUACUUCAGUUGGAUCACUACAUUCCGAAUCAGACUUGCAGCACAUUGGAUUAUAUCGAUUAUGAUGCUAUUAACUUAUGCGAAACAAAUAACUUGUUUACAUUUUUACAAUUUGAUAAAGAUUUUGUACAAUUUUGUCUGACUUCUGAAUCAGUUUUGAAUGAACUAGGAAAAAAUGCAAUUGAAUUUCAAUUAUUGGAGGUUAUUUUACUGAAUAAUGAGAAUUCCAGCCAGUUUGGCUGUGGAAUAUUAUGUCAUUGGUUUGAGAGCUGCUUGCGCAACAGAAAUCACCAUGAACCAUGUGGAAUUAAUUACUCAGGUUGUCGAUGUCCUGACAUGUAUGAAAAUGAGUCAGAUUCAACCACAAUACUACCUAUUCUCAAGAAUGAAAUUGUGUCAUCGAAAUUACUUUCUAAGAAUGUUAAUGAGUUGAAUGUUAAAAACUCUGCAGCAACAGUUGGAAGUGAAAUUAAGAAACUACGGAAAAUUAGAAGGCAGCAUCCAAGAUCAGCUGAUGACCCUGGAACAUUUAUGGCACAAAUUGGUGAUCCUGCUGCUGAAGAAUGGUCUCAGUGGAGUGUGUGUUCACUGACAUGUGGAAUGGGAUUGCAGGUGCGAACAAGAUCUUGUGUCGCCUCCCCAUAUGGGACUCUGUGCAGUGGUCCCUUAAGGGAAACACGAGUUUGUAAUAAUACAGCCACGUGUCCAGUACAUGGUCUGUGGGAGGAGUGGUCGCCAUGGAGUUUGUGCUCAGUUACCUGUGGGAGAGGAUCAAGAACCAGAUCUCGGAUGUGCGUUGCUCCACAGCAUGGAGGGAAAUCGUGUCAGGGCCCAGAGCUGCAAACCAAGCUCUGCAACAUUGCACUUUGCCCUGUUGAAGGACAGUGGAUGGAGUGGGGACCAUGGAACAGGUGCUCAGUGACAUGUUCAAAUGGAACACAGCAGAGAACUCGCAAAUGUAUUUCAACCCACGGUUGGACAGCAUGUAAAGGUCACCAGGCUGAGGCUCGGGAAUGCUCGAAUCAGGAGUGCUCAACUGAAGGCAAAUGGGGUCCAUGGAACCACUGGAGUUUGUGUUCCAAGACAUGUGACAGUGGUUGGCAAAGGCGCUUCCGGAUGUGUAAAGGGACAAGCGUCAAAGGUUAUCCAUGUGAAGGAUCAGGGGAAGAAGUCAGGACAUGCAAUGAGAAAAGAUGCCCAGCUCCCCAUGAGAUGUGUAAAGAUGACUACAUUCUGACAAUAACCUGGAAAAGGACAGCUGCUGGAGAACUUGUUUAUAACAAAUGCCCUCCCAAUGCUACAGGUUCAGCCAGCCGCAGAUGUUUGUUAAAUUCUCGUGGAAUUGCAUCUUGGGGCCCACCAAGCUUUGCUAGAUGUGUUUCACAUGAUUACAGACAUCUAUAUGUAUCGAUCCGAGAGCACUUAGCUAAAGGACAACGGACUCUGGCAGGAAGGGGCAUGUCAGAAGUCAUCAGGACUAUGCUGAGUUUAAUGGAAAGAAAGAAUUUCUACAGUGGAGAUCUCUUGUUCUCUGCAGACAUAUUGCGAAAUGUGACUGAUACAUUCAAGAGAGCCAACUAUAUUCCAGCUUCUGAAGAUGUACAAAAGUUCUUUCAAAUUGUCAGUUAUAUGCUUGAAGUGGAAAACAGAGCAAAAUGGAACGAUGCAUUGCAGGUUGCACCUGGCUCAAUCCGCUUAAUGCAAGUUGUUGAAGAUUUCAUCCAUAUUGUGGGUCAUGGGCUGAAAGUGUUUCAGAGUGCCCUCAUAGUGACAGAUAAUCUUGUGACCAGUAUUCAGCGAGAACCUAUAUCUGCUAUAUCAAGUGAUAUCAGUUUCCCGAUGAAAGGAAGGAGAGGAAUGAAAGACUGGGCCAGAAAUUCAGAGGACAAACUCUAUAUUCCAAAAGAAGUUUUCACAAUUCCUUCUUCAGAAACAGAUGAUUCAGCCUACUAUAUCAUUGGGACAGUGCUGUACCGAACACUGGGUCUCAUUUUCCCUGUUGCAAAAAAAUCAAUGGCAAUAAAUUCCAAAAUACUAGCUGUAACAGUCAGACCGCAGCCCAAGGCUUCAGAACCAAUUAUUGUAGUAGAGCUGUCUCAUCUUAUUAACGGAACGUCUGACCCACACUGUGUUGUUUGGGACAAUUCCAAAACGGAUACUGGUCCUGGCAGCUGGGACCCUCAAGGCUGUGAAACAGUGCAUACACAAGCAUCACACACUAAAUGUCUCUGUAAUCAUCUGGCUACUUUCGCCAUUUUAGCCCAGCAACCGAAGGAUUCGAACAUGGAUUUAACUGGAGUGCCAUCAGUACCAUUAAUGAUUGGAUGUGGAAUUGCCUGUAUGGCCCUAUUAACAUUAAUUGCUGUGUACGCUGCCUUUUGGAGAUUCAUAAAAUCAGAACGAUCCAUUAUACUACUCAACUUCUGCUUAUCUAUAAUGGCAUCAAACAUCCUGAUUUUGGUUGGUCAAACACAGAUGCACAGCAAGGGUGUGUGUAUGAUGACAGCAGCAUUCCUCCAUUUCUUUUUCCUCUCUUCCUUCUGUUGGGUAUUAACAGAAGCCUGGCAGUCCUAUCUCGCUGUGCUAGGUAAAAUUAGGAUGAGGCUGAUAAGAAAACGCUUUCUCUGCCUUGGCUGGGGACUACCUGCACUGAUUGUGGCCAUUUCAGUGGGCUUUACCAAAGCAAAAGGAUAUGGAACAGCCAAUUACUGCUGGCUGUCAUUGGAAGGAGGCCUCCUUUAUGCCUUUGUUGGACCUGCCGCAAUCAUUGUAUUGGUAAACAUGCUCUUCGGAAUCAUAGUAUUCAACAAGCUCAUGUCUCGGGAUGGAAUAUCAGAUAAGUCCAAAAAGCAGCGAGCAGGUCAGGCGAGUGAAGUCCAUAGCGGUUUGAUGCUCAAAUGUUCCAAGUGUGGAGUUGUUUCAACUACAGCUUUAUCUGCCACCAUCACCAGUAAUGCCAUGGCAUCCUUGUGGAGCUCCUGUGUUGUUCUGCCAUUGCUUGCACUGACCUGGAUGUCAGCUGUUCUAGCGAUGACUGACCGACGAUCAAUUUUGUUUCAAAUAUUGUUUGCUGUAUUUGACUCCAUUCAAGGCUUCGUUAUUAUCACUAUCCACUGCUUCCUGAGGAGAGAGAUUCAAGAUGUUAUAAAAUGUCGAACAGGAAGCUGCAAAAAUGAAGAGAAUGAAAACUCACCCGAUUCUUAUAAAAAUGGUCAAGUCCAGAUAAUGACAGAUUUUGAAAAGGACGUGGACCUGGCAUGCCAGUCUGUACUCUUCAAAGAGGUUAACACAUGCAAUCCAGCAACUAUCACCGGAACAUUGUCUCGCAUUUCAUUGGAUGAUGAGGAAGAUGAGAAAAUGAAUAUAAACAGUGAAGCAAUUAAUUUCUCCACCCUUCCAGGAAACAUCCCACCUGGAAAUGUAUUGGUCCAGUUGCCUCCGAUGCAGCAGCUGCAUGAUGUGAUGCCUAAUGUGGGUGAAUUGAAUGAACAACCACCCCAGAAAGAAAAGAACAGUGAUCUCAGGGGAAUGCUCUAUCUGUGCACAGAUAACACCCUGAGGCCAAUGGACCUUAAGUGGAGGCGAGCCCAGGAGCAGCCCAUGGAGGGAGACUACAUGGUACUUCCCAGCCGCACUGUCAGUUUAAAGCCUUUCAUCAGAGACAGCAAGUUGAACAUUAAUAUGGAUGACAACAGGCAUAAUAUCACUGGGAACCAAUCGGUCAAGUCAGAGAUUUAUCCUAACUUUGCCUCAGUUGAUCAGAUUAAUUAUAACUUAAAUCAAUCUUAUGGAACUCUUAAUUACCCACGGAGUGCAGCCCUCAAACAUCACCCUUCAGUGAGGCACAUCCUGGCAUCUGAACUUGCCGACAGGAGCAGGACUAUGCCACGCAGUAAGCCAAGCUCGUCAGGGUCCAUGGGCUCCCUAGAAAGGAAAAGACUGAGGUAUUCUGACCUUGAUGUUGAGAGAGUCAUGCACACAAGGAAACGUCACUCAGAACUCUAUAAUGAACUAAACCAGAAGUUCCAUACUUUGGACAGAUGCCGAGAACCCGAACUCUCAGGAUUGAAGUGGGAGAAACGAUGGAGCAUUUCUUCAGCAGGAGCUGAAAAGAGUAUGGCAGCCGAGAAAACUACCCCUGUGGAGCAAUCUCGAGACAACUUCAAGACCGCACCACCUGAUACACUUCAUUCAGACACCCAGGGAACUUUAGAACUGCAUUCCCCAGACUGGGAGACACCUGCCGCUAUCUCUCUGGAUACAGAAGGCGAUUUUCAAACUGAAGUGUAA